AUGGCUCUUGCCAAGCAGAACUCUGGUAAACUGGAGAAAGCUGAGAUUUUGGAAAUGACCGUUCAAUAUUUGAGAGCUUUGCAUGCUGCUGACUUUCCUAGAGGUCGGGACAAAGCAGACCUCCUGUCAGAGUUUGCCAAUUACUUUCACUAUGGUUACCACGAGUGCAUGAAGAAUCUGGUUCAUUACUUGACCACAGUGGAAAGGAUGGAGACCAAGGACACCAAAUAUGCUCGCAUUGUUGCCUUCCUGCAGUCUAAAGCACACCUGUCCACGGAGCCACUAUUUAGUUCCCUUCAGGAGGUAGACAUGUCUUGCCAGCUGCCUCCCUCUCCACCUGAUUACCCAAGCAGUGGUGACUCUUCUUUCACACAGAGCUCAGGAGGUUCAUUCUCAUGGCACAGCACUACUAGAAGCCCCACACUGAACUACCUCACAGGCCCGGCCACUAUGCCUCUGCCAUGCACACCCCCACAGCAGUCCCCACAUAGCAGCUUCUUGUCUCCCAUGCAGACUCUAGACAGACAUUACCUCAGUCUCCUUGGACAUUCCCAUACUAAUAGUUUCAGUAUGCACAGCUCACAGCAUCCUGUUGUUCUGUGA